AUGGCAAGCAGCAGUCGAGUCAAAUGCGAAACGAUGCUUGAAUACGGGGGUGGAGAAAGUUACUGCGGCGCGUUGCCAGCUAGCAUGUGCAACGGCUUUGUUUCCACGGCUUCGUCAGCUUCGACAAGGCUAAACCCAAAUCCGCGGCCGGGGGCGUCCAACGGCUGCGUUGGACUAGUCCCAAAGAAGACUGGCUUGCCAAAAGUGGCCAAAGCAUCAUCCAACGCUCACAGGGCUGCAGGAGAUUUCCCCAUUGGCCGGGUUCCGGUGCUGCUUAUCUGCAAGGAAAGGACGCAGCCCGGCGCAUUUCACGCAUGCGCUGUCAGUCAGGUGAUAUCAGGGUGGGAAAGUGCGCGAGGAGAAAAAGGGGCGUGGGGGUUGCAAGGGGACCCUCGGGUGGUGGAGUUCAUAUUACUAGGCAGUUUUUAG